GCUUCCCAAAAUUUGAUUCUGAUGGCAUUUCAACUUCUAGUUUUCGUUCUCCUCUUUGGGAUCUCAUUAAGGCUAGACUUAGUCACCGGUAGAAGGAUCAUAGGGAACGAGACUGAUCAACUUGCUUUGCUGGAGAUUAAGAAACAAAUUGAUGAUCCAUAUGGAGCACUAGGUUCUUGGAAUAAUUCCAUCCAUUUCUGCAACUGGGUAGGGAUCAAAUGUGGCCGUCGUCAUCAACAACGGGUUACCAGCUUGAAUUUACGAGGGAAGGGCUUGGGAGGAAACAUAUCUCCUUCCAUUGGUAAUCUCACUUUUCUUCAUUUUCUCAAUGUUGCAAACAAUAGCUUCCAUGGCAAAAUCCCCCAAGAGAUCGGUUAUCUGAUUCGACUACAGUACAUUUAUUCCCAAAACAACACUCUUGAAGGAGAACUUCCUACCAGCUUGGCCAACUGCACUCAUCUUAGAGAAAUCACGUUCGGCAAUAACAAGCUCGUUGGGAAGAUUCCGGUUGAACUUACAUCUUUGUCAAAGCUGGAGAUAAUUUCUAUUUAUAAUAAUGGCUUAACAGGAGAAAUACCAGCUUCUUUUGGGAAUAUUUCAUCCCUCCAAGGUAUCGAUUUUGGUGGAAAUGGACUGCAGGGGAGUAUUCCAGAGUCCUUUGGUCAGCUAACAAACUUAUACUUUCUAGGACUUCAUGUAAACAAGCUUCAUGGUAUGUUCCCUGUCUCACUAUAUAAUCUCUCAUAUCUCGAAACUAUUUCUCUCCUCGAAAACCAACUGCAUGGGAGCUUUCCACGAGACAUGGGCACCACUCUUCCACAUCUCAAAGAUCUACUAUUUGGUGAAAACCUUUUCGCAGGGAGCAUUCCGGAUUCCAUCUCCAAUAUUUCAACACUUGAAAUGUUUGAUCUCACUGAAAACAGUUUUAUUGGACCAGUCCCUAAAAAUUUAGGAAAUCUGCAAAACCUUCAAGUAUUCAGUAUUGGUGGAAAUCAAUGUGGAAUAGGAGAAGCUAAUGAUUUGGAUUUUCUAAAUUCUUUGAUCAAUUGUACACAUCUAAUGAGUGUGGACAUACAAGUUAAUGGUUUUAAGGGUCUGCUCCCCAACUUCAAAGCCAAUCUAUCAACACAACUCUCAAUACUUUAUUUAGGAGAGAAUCAAAUAUCUGGAACCAUCCCAGUGGAGAUUGAGAAUCUUGUCAACUUGACCGAUUUGAGCAUGGAACAGAACUUUCUCGAAGGUAAUAUUCCGUCUGGUAUAGGGAAACUUCAGAAGCUUCAAAGAUUGUUCUUGAACCAAAAUAGACUUUCAGGACAAAUACCUCCUUCUAUAGGCAAUCUCAGCCUUUUAUUUGAACUCCAUUUAGAUACCAACAACUUGAAUGCAAGCAUUCCUUCCAACAUUGGAAAUUGUCGGCAAUUACAGUACUUAAAUCUUUAUAAUAAUAGCUUCCAAGGCCCAAUACCUAAACAACUCUUUCUUAUUUCUUCCUUAUCGGAAUCUCUCAACUUAUCUUAUAAUUCUCUGGUAGGUUCCCUACCUACAGAAAUUGGUAACUUGAAGAGUCUUUCUACAUUAGAUAUCUCUGAAAACAGAUUGUCCAGUGAAAUCCCCUCUUCAAUUGGUGACUGUAAUAGUUUGGAAUAUCUUUAUAUGAGGGGUAAUUUUUUUGAGGGAACAAUUCCUCAAUCUUUGACUCUUUUGAAGGGGCUUCGAGAUUUAGAUCUCUCACUCAACAACUUAUCAGGGCAAAUCCCAAAAGAUCUGGAGAAACUUGCAGCAAUACAAAGUUUGAAUUUAUCCUUCAAUAAUCUUAAGGGGGAGGUACCAACAAAAGGAAUAUUUGGAAAUGCAAGUGCAAUAUCAGUGAAUGGAAAUGACAAGCUUUGUGGGGGCAUUGCAAAGUUACAAUUGCCUACAUGCACCAACCAUGGAUCUACGAAACAAGAAAAGUCUAAUGCUUUUAGAAUGAUUUUGGCAAUCAUCGGUGUUGUUCUUGGGUUUCUUUUGAUUUCUUCAUUUCUUACUUUUUAUUGGAUAAGAAAAUCAAAAAGUAAACCUGCAUCCACACCAUUAAUCGGUGACUGGUUCUUAAAUCUUUCUUACAAAGAGCUCUUCCAAGCUACAGGGGGAUUUUCUUCAGCCAAUCUUAUAGGUUCUGGUAGUUUUGGCUCUGUAUACAAAGGGAUCAUCGAUCAAGAUGAAACAAUUGUUGCAAUCAAGGUAUUCAACCUUCAAAAUCCAAGAGUUUAUAAGAGCUUUAUGGCUGAAUGCAAAGUAUUAACAAACAUUCGGCAUCGAAAUCUUGUCAAGAUUUUAACUUCAUGUUCAAGUCUUGAUUCAAAAGGCCAAGAUUUUAAAGCCCUUGUUUACCAGUUCAUGCCCAAUGGGAGUCUAGAUGAUUGGUUGCAUUUGCCUAUGGAGGGACAUAAUCAUUCAAGGAUUUUAAGCUUUCUUCAAAGAUUAAACAUUGCAAUUGAUAUGGCUUCUGCAUUGGAUUACCUUCAUCACCAUUGUUAUGUGCCAAUUGUUCAUUGUGACUUGAAGCCAAGCAAUGUUCUACUUGACAAUGAUAUGACUGCACAUGUUAGUGAUUUUGGUUUGGCGAGACUACUUUUAGAAUCUGACAACGAUUCAUCUCAGACUCAAAUCAGUACCAUUGGGAUAAAAGGAUCUAUUGGCUAUACUGCUCCAGAAUAUGGCAUGGGCGGAAGGGCAACUAUACAAGGGGACGUGUUUAGCUAUGGGAUUCUUUUGUUGGAAAUGUUCACAGGAAAAAGGCCUACAGAUCAGAUGUUUACUGGUGAAUUAAAUCUCCAUAACUUUGUAAAGGCAGCUUUACGUGUACACGUGAUGCAGAUUUUAGAUCCAACACUUCUAUGCAAGGAAGAACAAAUUGAAGAAACUAAAGAUGAUGCAGUCAAAAUAACUGAAGGUCCUAGUCAUAGAACAGAUAAAUUGCAAGAUUGCAUAACAGCAAUAAUUGAAAUUGCACUUCAAUGCUCUAUGGAAUUGCCAAGAGAACGUAUGAACAUGAAUGAUGUGGUGAGGGGUCUACAUUUAAUCAAAGGGAAAUUUUUUUGAAGCAUAUCCAUCAAUACAGAGCAACCAUGCUUGAUUGAAAGUAUGUGGAGUUUAAGCUCAGCUGUAGGAAUGGAAAUUAGAACUCUUUAGUAAAGAUUGAAGCUAGCCAAAAGCAUAAAAAUUGAUGAGCAACUGGACAGUGAACAGUUUGUUUGGUGGAAGAAAUUUAUAUAGACUGGCCAUGACUCUACUUUCACCUUGUCACUUAGAUGUUGAGGAGCCUUCUAUCAUAUUUUCAUUUUCUUUUCAUACAUGUAUUUACACAAAAUAACUAAUAUGUGUAGCUCACUUGUUAGCUACCUUAUGUCAUAGAGACAAUGUAUCUUAGGUUUCUUGUAGUGUAGAUACCCAUGCAUGAUGGUAUGAAAGACUUAAAAAGACUAAAGCA